CUCGUCCUUCAAGCGCGCCAUCAACAUACGGUCGAUAGGCUAAUGGUAGGACGCAAUGCGAGUGGCCCAAUCCACAAAUCCCUCCAGACUACCUGCAGAAGCCUCGAAGGCAGCGGCCCUCAUCUGAGCAGACCCAACCUCGACCCUGCCCGUUCUCCCGCCACAUCUUUCUCGAGACCCAAACGAAGGGGCGCGCUGCGCUCACAGAGAUCUCGAAAACGAGCACACCCCACAGCGCCAGGAGUGCUUUCGUCGUCCGCCAUCGAACCUCGCUUUCCCGCUCUACCCCGCUCUUCGUCGUCGAAAUCGGGCACACCUCAUUAUCGUCGAACACAAACGAGGAGAGAACUACAUUAGGAAAUUCUUAAGGUACAUCGAUAGAAGCACUUGGUUCAUCGGUGACGGCAGUAGCUCCCAUAUCAUCUGCCGCCCAACAUGUUUUGUCCCAUGAACCCUCCCAUUGAAGACUCGGUUGUCCGUACAAGGCAGAACCACUGGUUGCUUGGUUCCCUCCAUGUCUGCGAGCUUGUUGUCAACGUGCCCAACGACGCCGCGGUAAGUUGGGAAGCCGAUGGAAAUACCUACUGUAUUCGCAAAUCUUCCGCAGAUGAACGGGACUCGACCGUAUUGGGUGAUUCAGAGAGCGAUCGCUUUCACCACGCGGGCACCUCAGCCGCAGUUUGGAAAAUCGGAGGCACAUUUGUGAAAGUCAAGGCCUGGCGGCACGGUAUGCAACUGGAGAGCGACACUAUCCGGUUUGUUAACAGCAUAUCUUCGAUUCCCACACCUAAGAUUGUCCUCUCCUGGGUAGAUGUUGCCUGGAACCGCUCCUUUUUAGUUCUGAAAGCCUUGGAAGGACAGACGCUGGAUCAGGCUUGGGGAUUACUGUCUGCUGAUCGACGCAUGCAAAUUGCAGGCACGAUUGCACAAUUUUGCAGAACACUAGCUUUAUCAACGUCGGAAAUGCUGAUGACUGCAAAUGGAAAUGGUGUUCUAGAACCCUUCUUAACCGUCCUCCCUCCAGACUCGGAACCUUCGUGGAAGCCCCAGACUUUGGGUCCCUAUUCCUCCAACCAACUACGGUCUUACCUCUCAGAAUCUCCAGUCUUCGAGGGCGAUACAGAUUCAUUCAGUUUCUACCAUGCAGACCUUGGACCAUCAAAUAUUAUAGUGACAGAGGAUGGGAGCAUUGUUGGGAUCAUUGACUGGGAGUCUGCUGCAUUCUAUCCGACGUUCUGGCUAGGCACGAAGCCACUCGUCUCUGCUGGUUUCUUUCUUCACGGAACAGAAAUGCGGGCUUGGGCAGUUCUGUUGGCAAGCACCCUGGAACGUGAAGGGCUUUCGUCGGAUAUGCAAAAAUAUCAAGCGUGGAGAAAGGCAAUUGGAAAAUGAUUCAAUUCAGACCCAAUUUAUAUGAUCUUCCGUCUCCUGUAUCAAUCCCGAUCAAGGCUAAAACAGUAG